CUCGUCGCACGGUAAACAAGCGUGCGUGCCCUGCCCUGAGGAACGAGGAAGUGGCGUGUGUGGGGUCAGCAGGUGAAAGUGAGGCAGGUGUUUGUAUAUAAGACGCGGGGUGAAGGUGAAGGCUAGUCAGAGGUCACCUGGUCACCGGAGAACAGGUAUGUACUAAUUACCUCAUUUGUUACUAAGGGGUGGCUGUUACCUGUUACUAAUUACCUUGAUAUCUGUUACCACAUAAGGGCGUGAUUGUUACCUGUUGCUAAUUACCUUGUCAUCUGUUAUUAAGAAGGUGAUGUUGCUAAUUAAGGGGGAUGAUUAAGUUACCUGUUGCUAAUAGGUGUGUUAUUUCUAUUAACGGAGAGCGAUAUUACGGUUACCUAUUUUUAAUUAGGGUUGCGAGUGAUUAUAUAUGUUUCUAAGGGAAUAAUUACCUGUCAAUAUGAGAAUGCUUGCAUGUUUCUGAGGGGAUAACUGUUUGUUCCUUAGGGUUAACUGCUUGUUUGUAAGGGGUAAUUGUUUAUAAGGGGGUAACUUGUUUCUAGGUGUGUGUUUGUUUCUGAAAGGAUACCGGUUAAGUGUUUGUUUCUUAGGAAAAUAGGUGUUUGCUGGGUUUAAAGUCGUUUAUAGAGAUAUCCUACUGUGUCUAGGAUCAUGAUAGAGCAAAACAUCCUACAAAUUUUGAGGUUGUGAGGCAUGACAUCCUACAAGACAUCCUACAAGGUCAUAAUGUCAAUAAGAGAUGACAUUCUGCUACAUCAAGGUCAUAUACAGUGUUAUCCUACUAUAUCUAAUGUCACGAUAGAAAAAGACAUCCUACGAAAUUUAAGAUCAUAAGAAGCGCCAUCCUACAAGGUCAUAACGUCAAUGCCUCGGUCCUCUCUAUAGUCCGGGCGUCCAGCAGGAUGUUAACGAAGCUCCUGCUGCUCCUGGCGGCGGUCUGCGUGCCUGUGAGAUCCGCGGAUGAUGUCACUACUCCUGCGCCUGCUGCGGGAGUCACGUCUGAUUCUGCAGAUGAUUUCUCGGUGGCAGUCCUUAUAGCCACCCCUCCUGAUGAGAUCACCACCACCGCACCACCUGCAGUCACGCCCCUAGAAGCCACAGCCAUCCCGGACAGUGCAAGCGUCGCCCCUUCGUACAGAACAGACGAGGACACGCCAGUCAUCCCCGCCGUAGCUGAAGCGCGGGUGCUGACUAAAAGAUCAGAUGCCCAGCCGCGCCUCCUUCCUCCUCCCAGGCAUAUAUUUGGUGGGGGUGGUCACUGCUCCCCGCCCACCGCCACCCGAUACUUCACCAUCACCUCCACCCACCUCAUCCCCUCCGUCACCUACGCCACUGCUAUCAACUACAUCCCCACUACAAUCAGUCAGGAGUUGACGGAGUGGAGGGUGAAGACGUCCACGGUGCUGGUGACACAGACGGUCACCACCUUCGCCUCCCCGCGCCUCAUCACCCAGACGCAGGUGUUCACGGCUCCCAAGUAUUUAACGCAGGUGCAGCAUCACACCCAGAUCAAGUACGUAACAAGCACGGACACACGCACAUACACAGACACAUCGGUGGAGGUGGCGACAACGGCACGGACAAAUGUGGUUAGCGUGACACAUACCACCACCGCCACGCACGUCACCACCAGCACGCAGCGACGCGUUGUAUACACCACCGAUACGCAAUACACGUACGUGACGCAGACGAAGAACGUGUCGAAUUACGUCAUCCACACCCUGACGUCACCUUACCGCGUGUACAGGACCGUCACACACACCCGCACGGAGGACGAAUACGUCACCCAGACAUCCGUGUACAUCCGCACUAUCUUGGUCACCAGCUGCAGGCGGCAACCUUACUACACGAAGGGGGGGAAGUACUCGCUGUAUGGGUGAAGGACUGCCAGGUGACGGAUGGGUGGAGGGUGAAGGACAGGUGAAGGAUGAAGGAUAAGUGAACGAUGGACUAUGUUUUUUUUUUUUUUUUGCUAAGUUUAUUUUCUGUUUCGAUUUAUUAGUGUUCUUUUCUUUCCCUUAUUCUCGGUGGAUUACGGGUGAAGGAAAGGUGAAGGAUCAAUCAAUAGGGUUUUCCUUUUCUACUAAAUUCCUCUUCUGUUUCGUUUAUUAAUGUGUUGUUGUCUACCUUAUUGUCUGCUUCCCCGUUUUUUAUUUUUUUUCCUUCAUUUUAACACUGCUAGUAUUUUUGUGCAAUCUUAUAAUCCGGCGCCACGCGAGAAACUUUUCAACCACUUCACUUCACUUCUCUUUCUUCUCUCCCCCACUAAUUCCCACCCCAAUAAAGAAGCUACCACUAAAAUGAUACAACGGAGAUCGGUAAUUGAAAUACGCAUAUUAUUUAAGGUAUCAGUACAAAUCAGGUGUGUAGAUUAGUGUGUAUUUGAUUAAGAGAGCACUAUGUAAUAAGUACCAAUGAUUGUUUAAAGCACGUGUAUUAUUUAAGGUAUUGUUUAAGGCAUCAAUGCAACUCAAGUGUUUAUAUACAUGUUAUAAAGUAAGGUGUAUUUCAUAAGUCUCUAUAUUCAUAACGUUCUGUCUCUUUUAUUAACUCGAACCGCCAAUUUCACGUCGUGUUAAGUUAUUUUAUCGAUAGCUUUAAGAUUCAAAGCCUACAAGCUGCACAGUCAAUAAACAGUAA